AAGUUACUGGCUGGUCGAAAGUUCAAGACUACCGCCGAAUACAAAUUCCGAACCAGUUUUUCUAAAACCACCUAUACCAUUUAAACUAACCUCCUUCAACGUUCACACGUUAAGGCAGAUCGGAAAACACAGGUGUGACUCUCUAGGAUGUCUUAACAUCGAUAUCUGUUGUCUAUCCUAGACCCGUAUUCAAGACUACAACGAACAGUUACAUAUUCGCUCUUCAUCUGCCGCUUCGAAAAGUCUGUUUCACAUGCGUUUAUCUGGAAACCCUGUUUUAUUGUCUGGUUUUGCUGGUGUUGGUGUCGUACCAUGUGCUGGAGCUGAGGCAGCAUUAGUCGAUUGGAUCCCCAUAAACAGUCGAUUACGUGCUGUCAGAUUAAAAAACUCUAUCAAAGUGAGAAAUCGGCAUGAGGAACAAUGUUUUUUCGUUAUCUUUGCCUACGCCCCGACAGACUGCAGCCCGAAUGCGACCAAGGAUAACUUCUAUUACCAGUUAAGUGUUCUACAGAAAGUGCUUUCGACAGAUAUUGUAGUACUAGCCGGAGGCUUGAACGCUUAGGUUGGGGUUUUGGGCACAGUGGAGAGUUGUUCAAAUGGCUAAUCGGAACUCGUUAGUCGUAGGUCAGAUAACAGGGACCGUCUACUGCAACUGUGCGCAGACCACAACCUGUUUCUAGCUAGCACUAACUAUCGGCACAGUCAUCGCUGAUGUGCUACCUGGCGUCCUCCCUCUUCAUCUCAAGACUGGACCCAGAUUGAUCACAUUGUGAUCAGCUACCACUGGUGUGGUUGUAUAUGAGACUGCCGCUCGUUUUUGAGUACCUAUCUGGAUUCUGAUUAUGGCCUCAUUUGCGCUAAUGUCACCUUACGUUUCAGUGCCCAACAAAUUUGUCGUCCUAAACGAAUCGAUGUCAGUAGGUUGAUUGUACCG